AUGGGGCCUAGGCUAAGACGUAGAGCCACAGUCCCUGAUUCUGACGAUUCGCAAUUCAGCGAAACACCAUUGAAGAACCCAUCUUCCCUCCGUCGAUCGAGUCGAUCGGGACCCUUGCGAGCGGGCGCGUCAUCCCUUUCUCAAUCUCGGCCGCGCGUCAUCCAAGAUUCCGAGGCAGAUGAGGAUGACGAUGUCAGUCUAUCGGAUUCGGUGGCACCAGACAAUUUUACUUCGAGUAAUGUCGCCGUGGUCGUAUCAGUGAAAAAUGAAUCGCCCAGUGACUCUAAUUCUCGGAGUUCGCUCGGGAAUUUGUCCACAGGCUACAAUACUCCAGCUACUAGCGUUGCUGCAGCUACCGAGCCCGACACCAAGAUUCCGGCGCGCAUCAAUGCCGCUGAUCGCGUCAAGAAGCUACAGUCAAGCACCUUAUCCCUCGGAGCUCCCAAGAGAGGGAAAAAGCGCCCAGCAUCUGCUUUGGUUGAUGACACCCCCAACAAAAGGGCGACCCGUGCUCGGCCUGUCAAUCCUCAGACCUCUGAUGCCGCUCUGGCGCAUGCUCUUCAAAUAGAGGAGUAUGAGGACUCAGAAAUAUAUCCGAAACCACAACGUUCGUUGAGCCAAGCCUUCAUCGAUGAACACCUAGAUAAUGACACGGACCCAGGUUCUAUGCCUGUGUUUUCCUCUCCGUUGAGCACUGAGCCAUCAGAAUUGGGGGAGGCUUAUUCAGAUACCUCGGAGAACCCCCUAGAGGGCAGAUCUGCCGAUUCUCUAGUAGCAGACCUGAAUGAUGAACAUCACAACUCUGAAGAGGAGUUGCCCCCGACCUGGGAAGAGCAAAGGAAAGCCCGCCGUGCGGAAAGAGACCGGAAGAACCUCGAGAAGAGGCAUCCCACAAUUAGCACCAUGUGGGAUGUGCUCAGAUCUCAACCGACUAUCCAGCCACAGGAGGCGAAGCAGCCCAUCUCUAUAACUCGCCAGCUCAAGCCAUUCCAACUGGAGGGUUUGAACUGGAUGAUAGCACAAGAAAAGUCUCAAUAUAAGGGUGGUUUGUUGGGCGAUGAGAUGGGUAUGGGGAAAACCAUCCAAGCAGUUUCACUUAUCAUGUCCGAUUUUCCCCAACCCGAUCCAACUCUCGUUCUCGUGCCACCGGUCGCUUUGAUGCAGUGGGUAUCGGAGAUCAAGGAAUACACUGACGGCAAGUUGAAAGUCUUGGUAUAUCACAAUUCCGACGCGAAAGUCAAGAAGCUUACACCAGCUGACAUUCGCAAAUACGAUGUUAUCAUGAUUUCCUACGCAAGUCUCGAAUCCAUCCAUCGCAAGCAGGAGAAGGGCUUUUCUCGCGGCGAAACGAUGGUCAAAUCAGACAGCGUCAUCCACUCAAUUCACUAUCAUCGCCUAAUUCUUGAUGAAGCGCAUAGUAUCAAAUCACGUACUACGGGUGUUGCCAGAGCAUGCUUCGCCCUGGAGGCUAAUUACAAGUGGUGCCUAUCUGGCACACCUGUACAGAAUCGGAUUGGAGAAUUCUUUUCUCUCCUUCGAUUUUUGCAAGUCAAGCCGUUCGCAUGCUACUUUUGCAAGCAGUGCGAUUGCGAACAGCUGCAGUGGACGUCAAAUAAAGAAGGACGUUGUACCGAGUGUUCCCACACUGGUUUCAUGCACAUUUCAAUAUUUAACAAGGAGAUCCUUAACCCAAUCAUUGAAGGGAAAACUGAGCAACAACGCAAAGAUGGCCUAGAAAAGCUCCGUCUUAUCACAGAUCGCAUCAUGCUUCGCCGAAUGAAACAACAACAUACAAAGUCGAUGGAGCUCCCAGCUAAACGCAUCACGUUGCAUAAUGAAUUCUUCGGCGAGAUCGAACAAGAUUUUUCACGCAGCAUCAUGACGAAUUCAACAAGAAAAUUUGAUACCUAUGUCAGCGAGGGCGUUAUGUUGAAUAACUAUGCCAAUAUCUUUGGGUUGAUCAUGCAGAUGCGACAAGUCGCAAAUCAUCCCGAUCUUAUCUUGAAGAAAAAAGCACAGGUAGGGUUCAACGUUGCGGUGUGUUGUGUUUGUGAUGAGCCUGCGGAGGAUGCCAUUCGAUCUCAGUGCCGUCAUGAGUUCUGUCGCCAAUGCGCCAAGGAUUAUAUCCAGUCAUUCCAGGACGACAGCAAGCAUGUCGACUGUCCACAAUGCCAUAUCGCUCUUUCCAUUGACUUGGAACAACCGACUCUCGCAGAGUAUGAGGACUCUGUCAAGAAGAAUUCCAUUAUCAAUCGUAUUGCUAUGGAGAAUUGGACCUCAUCGACGAAGAUUGAGAUGCUCCUCUACGAACUCUUCCAAGAGAGAAGCAAGAGCCAUACCCCCAAAUCCAUCAUUUUCUCCCAGUUCACAUCCAUGCUACAAUUGGUCGAGUGGCGCUUGCGUCACGCUGGGUUCAAUACUGUCAUGCUCGAUGGGUCGAUGACCCCGGCGCAACGGCAGAGGUCCAUUGAACAUUUCAUGACUAAGCCCGAGGUUGAAGUUUUCUUAGUCUCUCUUAAGGCUGGUGGCGUGGCACUCAAUCUGACAGAGGCAUCGCGAGUCUUUAUUAUUGAUCCAUGGUGGAAUCCUGCAGCGGAAUGGCAGAGUGCCGAUCGCAGCCAUCGAAUCGGCCAACAGCGGCCUUGUGUUGUCACCCGACUUUGUAUUGAGGACUCGGUCGAGUCACGAAUCAUUCAACUGCAAGAGAAGAAAGCCAACCUCAUUCGGGGUACCCUGAACAAAGAUCAAGCAGCGGCAUUGGAAAAGUUGACUCCGGAAGACAUGCAGUUCCUCUUCCGAGGAACUUAG